UCACUGCACAGCAAGGGCAUUCAAGAACAAUGGAACAUAUUCAUCUCGUCCACGAAGAUGGAGCGGCUGCGCUCGAUCUGCCCUUCCGUUCAGCAGCUUUCCCUUGAAGGCUUCAACCUGGCAGAUCCGUACCGCAAACGACGUUCGAAGCUCAAACAUUUCCCCGCAAAACUGCGUGUUCUGUCAUUCCGCAACUGUAUAGUGGAUAUCAAGAGGCUCUUUUCGAAGGUAGCAGAAAACUGUGCGUUGGUGACGCUCGACUUGGGACGAUGCUUUUUCGUCAGUGACGACGCAUCUCGUGUAGACCAAGCAUCCCCUUCGAUGCUUUCAUCUUUGCGAGAGCUGUACCUCGAAGGCUACCCGUUUUUAGACCCUUCAUUCCCUCUCGGGCACGUUCUGCGUGUGUGCCCCUCGCUUCAAGUUUUGGAUAUCGAAGGGACGACCCUCGGUAGCCACGUCAUCUUGGAGUUGGUGGCCCUCAACCUACCAGAACUGCGAGAACUGUACGUUGGAUGGACGAACGUCAGGGAUUCCUCCGUUCUUGCCUUGACGAGCGGUCAGCUCGCCAACCUUCUCACAGUAUGUCUCGUGGGGACGAAGGUGACGAAUCUCGGCCUGCUUGCUCUGUGCUGUCGAUGUCCCAGACUGAAGACUCUGCGCGUUGACAGGGUCUGGUGUAACGAAGCCCUGUUGGAGGAAGCCAAAUCGUCGUUGGCUCCAAACGUGCAGGUAGAGUGGUGUAGCAGCAGAAGUGACAACGUCAACAAUGUGCUCCGGCAUGAAGGAUGUGAACAUUUUAGGGAGCGUGCCUCCCGGCCAGCGUUUACGUGA